GUUUUGUUACAUAACACAUCAGUGUAUGGUUCGAAAUCUUUCGCUACCCGCUGUACAAUAAUCAGUAUUGCCUUGACUUCCCACGCAAUAGGUAGUGUCGUGCGACCGUCUCAUUGUUUAUGUUGUUAUAGCAAGUCAACGAUUCUUACGCUAAGACCUGCAGAAGCUUACUCAAUGGAUUGAAGAUGCAGAUCAAUUAAAAAAAUUGAUGGGUCGCUAACAACUUACGAACAAAUAUUUAUUGAUUACAAGCAUUUUAAAACGUUGAGUAGGUAUAUAGGUGCCUAUAGCUAAUAAUGAUAAGUAAAUGUAAAUAACGUAAACUUUACGACCAAUUGGUCGCAAUGACUAAAAAGUUUGAAUUCAGCUGGCAAAUUCCAGUUCCUGAAGUUCUUUUGCAAGGCUGUGUUUUUGACCGAUGGUCUGAAGAAAAAGACAAUGUAGAAAUUGAAUGGGGAUGUACGUUUAAAGUAGAUGAAUAUGGAUUUUUUAUUUACUGGAAAAGUGAAAAUAGAGAUGGUGAUGUUAUCGAAUUAUGUCAAGUUAGUGACAUACGUUCUGGAGGUUUGCCAAAGGAUACAAGACAACUUCAGCAACUGAUAAACAAACAUGGUGAUUCUCUGGAAGAAAAAUCUCUAACAAUAUGCAGCAAUACAGAUUAUAUUAACAUAAAUUAUCAACAUAUUAUUUGUCCUGAUGCUGCAACAGCUAAGGAAUGGCAAGAAAGUCUUCGUAAGAUAACUCAUAAUAAUAAAAUGAAUAAUGUAUGUGUUCGGACAAACCUUAUGAAGCAUUGGAUGCGGUUAGGUAUGUUAGUAGAUCCUAAAGGAAAAGUACCCGUUAAAGUAAUUGCUAGAACAUUUGCUUCUGGUAAGACUGAAAAAAUGGUCUACCAAUGUUUAGCUGAUCUCAACUUACCAAGUGGAAAAAAUGAUACUAUUGAACCAUCAGAGUUUACAUUUGACAAAUUUUAUGAACUGUACCACAAGAUAUGUCCUAGAAAUGAUAUCGAAGAACUGUUUCAGACCAUCACUCAGGGAAAAGCUGAUACUAUAAGUUUGGAUCAGUUUAUAACAUUUUUAAAUGAAAAACAACGUGAUCCACGUCUAAAUGAAAUAUUAUACCCAUUGUAUGAUGAGAAAAGAGCUAUUGAAAUUAUAAAUGAUUAUGAACCAUCUGAAGACAUUAAAAACCAAAAACAACUUUCAAAAGAAGGGUUAAUUAGAUAUUUGAUGUCUGAUGAAAAUGCUCCUGUUUUUUUGGAUCGAUUAGAUUUUUACAUGGACAUGGAUCAACCAUUAGCUCAUUACUACAUCAAUUCAUCUCAUAAUACUUACUUGUCAGGCCGUCAAUUUGGUGGAAAAUCAAGCGUUGAAAUGUAUAGGCAAACACUUUUAGCAGGAUGCAGAUGUGUAGAACUUGAUUGUUGGGAUGGUAAAGGUGAAGAUGAAGAGCCUAUUAUUACUCACGGAAAAGCCAUGUGUACUGAUAUUUUGUUUAAAGAUGUUAUUUAUGCUAUAAGAGAUACAGCCUUUGUUACUACUGAUUACCCUAUAAUACUUUCUUUUGAAAACCAUUGUUGUAAAAGUCAGCAAUAUAAGCUUGCCAAAUAUUGUGAUGAAAUUCUUGGAGAUCUCUUAAUGAAAGAAUGUCUUCCAGAAUAUCCAUGUGAUCCUGGAGUUCCAUUACCACCACCUUCAAUGCUUAAACGGAAAAUUUUAAUUAAAAAUAAACGUCUUAAGCCAGAAGUUGAAAAGAGUGAGCUAGAAUUGUUUAGAAAAGGUCAAUUUGUUAUUGAAGAUGAAGAAAAAGAAGAUGCUACAGCAGUUACUGCAAAUCCUCCUGAAGACAAAAAAGCAGAAGCCCCUGAUGCUACUGGCACUGAAGGUGCUGAAGCACCACCUCCUAUACAGUAUACUGGAUCCACUACUAAUGUGCAUCCAUGGUUGUCUUCAAUGGUUAACUAUGCUCAACCAAUUAAAUUUCAAGGCUUUGAUGUAGCUGAAAAAAAAAAUAUUCAUCAUAACAUGAGUUCAUUUGCUGAGAAUACAGGACUGGGUUACUUAAAAUCUCAAGCUAUUGAGUUUGUUAAUUACAAUAAAAGACAAAUGAGCCGUAUUUAUCCAAAAGGAACUCGUGCUGAUUCCUCUAAUUAUAUGCCUCAGGUUUUCUGGAAUGCCGGUUGUCAAAUGGUAUCAUUAAAUUUUCAAACUGCAGACUUGCCAAUGCAACUAAAUCAAGGAAAAUUUGAAUAUAAUGGAAAUUGUGGAUAUCUAUUGAAACCUGACUUCAUGCGUAGAGCUGAUCGUAGUUUUGAUCCAUUUGCUGAAUCACCUGUGGAUGGUGUAAUUGCUGCUCAGUGUUCAGUGCAAGUGAUUGCUGGUCAGUUCUUGUCUGAUAAAAAGGUUGGAACUUAUGUAGAAGUUGACAUGUAUGGACUUCCUACUGAUACAAUAAGAAAAGAAUUCCGAACUAGAAUGGUACCUAGUAAUGGUUUAAAUCCUGUAUAUAACGAAGAGCCCUUUUUAUUCAGAAAGGUUGUCCUACCUGAUUUAGCAGUAUUAAGAAUUGGUGUUUAUGAAGAAAAUGGUAAAUUACUAGGUCAACGAAUUUUACCAUUGGAUGGUCUGCAGGCUGGUUAUAGGCAUAUUUCUUUAAGAUCUGAAGCUAAUUUUCCCAUGGCUCUUCCUAUGUUAUUUUGUAAUAUUGAAUUAAAAAUUUAUGUUCCUGAUGGUUUUGAAGAUUUCAUGGCUGCUUUAUCAGAUCCAAGAGCAUUUUUGUCUGCACAAGAAAAACGUGCUCAACAAAUGAAGGCAAUGGGUAUUGAAGAAACUGAUAUAAACACUAAAGAUAUUGUUUCUGGAAGUGGUGGUAGUGGAGUAGGAGAUGGAGAAAAAACAGGAAAAAAAGGAAGCAAAAAUAAAAAAAAUGAGGAGCUAAAAAAAGAAGAAGAAAUCAAGUUUGAAAAUAUCAAUCUUGAAUAUUUAAGAAAUGACAAGGGAUUCCAAAAAGCUCGUAGAAAACAAGAAAAAGAAUUAGAGUCAUUACGUAAGAGACAAGCCAAAGAAAAAGCUUCUAUACAAAAGCAACAGUGUACUUCUGUAGAAAAAGCUGUAAAAGGGAAAGACAAAACUGAAGUUUUAAAUGAUGGUGGUGUAAAAAAGUUAGUGAAUGAACAAAUGACUCAAUGGUCAGAAAUGGUAGAACGUCAUAGACGUGAAAAAUGGGCUUUACAAAAACAACAAGCCACUGAACAACAAGAUGCUCUUAUUAAGCUUAUGGAGAACUUACAAGCAGCUCAAAUGAAACAAUUAGAAGUUAGACAUGAAAAAGACUUAAAAGAAAUGAAUACAAGACAAGCUAAAAUAUCUGUAGAAGUUAUGAAGGAAGUUAUGAAUGACAAGACAUUAAAAACAAAAGGUGAUAAAGAUAGACGUCUACGUGAAAAAAAACAAAACAAUACAAAGAAAUUCAUGGAUGAAAGAAAACAUGCCCAAAUUAAACAAGCUAAAGAAAAGGAAAAAUUAACUGUAAAGCACGAGAAACAAAAGCAAGAAUUAAUAAAAGAUAUCAAUAAUCUUUUGGAAAUGUAUAAGAAUGAAGAGAUUGAAUAUGAACUGAGCAAUAAGACUGAGUUUUUUGUUUGAUCUGUGAUUGGUCAUUGAAUCCUGGCAUUUAUUACAGUAUAAUUCAUCUAUAAAAACACUAAAGUUUUGCUGUUUUUAAUCUCAUAAUUAAUACAUUUUCCUAGGUUAAAUAUUUUAGAUUUAGCAUAAUUGUUUUUUAAAAGGUCAGCCUAGUCAAUUUUCUCUGAUCACUUUACGGCCUAAAAUUGAUUUUUCACUUAAAAAUGUAUUGUAUAUUAAUGUUGUUAGCUGAAUUUUAAAUUUAUUGUCUAUAAUUGGUUAAAAGUAUAGUAUAAUAAAUGAAUAUGAUAAAAUGUAACUGACAUUUCUCAUUGUUAGAUUUUUCAUUUAUAUAUUGUUUUUUUACUGUAUAUUUUAUUUUAUUUUUUAAUAUUAU